CAAUGGGUAAUCAUUCUGGCAGCGAUAACAGUAAUCUGUGCUAGCCAGGAACAGUGCUGGAAUUGUAGUGCUGAAUGUAGUCGUUGCAUUCGUCAAGCGGUUCCAGUAGAUACCAUUAUUUCUGAAUUCUACUCCGGAUUGUUCAGCGCAACACCACCGUCAGCCCACGACAGUCUUCCCGGUUUUAUUCCAGGUGACGAACAUACAACCACAAUGAGAAGUAGCUCGAGAGCUGCCGAGAACCCGUAUGCCACACCAACCCGUGCUCACUAUGGAUGUUGCGAAACCGAAGUACGCUAUGCUUCUCCUAAUAUCACCACCAUCAACAAUCGUAACUAUACAGUGGUACAUCUAAAAGGGAUGUUUCAGUACAUACCAACAGGGAGAUGCAAGUCUGGUUUGACAUGUAGUCAUGGUGAAUGUGUACAGAAAUUCCGUGCUCAUUGGGUUCUCGUUUACAACAGUUCAGCCACCCUGACAGGUCCACCGGUUAGUUUCGUACCCAUCAAGGUCCAUUCCCACUGUGAAUGUUUGAACGUUGGAAGGGGGCAAUGAUGAAUAACAUGUUCGGACGGAUGAAAAUGAUGAUGAUUAAAUGUGAUUCAUACGGAUAAUUCUCUUGCAUAAAGUGACAUUGUGGUUUCAUUAAAAUUCUCUCUUAGUUUGCAACUAUUUUCCUAAUUGGGAGUCUGGUAUGCUAUACGUUUGGUAAUGUGGAUUUCUGUGGCCGUAUAGCAGAUGCUAAAUGAAUUCAUUUCUUAGUAUUCUGCUGCUAACUUACUGGUUGUAUUCCUGUAACUCCUAUAUCAAGACAAUCUAUAAUUGGAUUUCUGUAUUUCUUCAGCGUGAUCCUGUAAUCGUGGUUUAUUUCAUGCUAUUCCUUUUUAGAAUGAACUACUGCAUUUUAGCAACCACCAUUAUGCCACCAUUUGGUGUAGCCACUGCAUAUGCAAUUUACUGGGUGAGCACCAACUCGGGUGCAUAACUUUGAUAAACGUAAACGUGUUAAAUGGUAACAACAUCGAGCUUCGGCUUAUUAAACAUCUUCUGGUGAUUAAGAAAAUCAUAUGUCUCGGCGACAUUCUCUUAAUGCAAUUGGAUUAAAAUUAUAUAUUUAUGUCUAUUUACUAUGCUUAUGUUUUAUUGUGGAUUAUAUUGGACAAGAAUAAUAUCUUAUCCAGUUUGGAUUGAACAAGUAUUACUAUAUAUAUCUCCUAGUCCAUUAGCUCACCUUUCUCAAUUAUUGUUUGAUGUUACUACUCUCUAUCCAGUUCCAGUCAAGGUUGUUCUCUCUGUCUGUUUCUCGUUUUGGAACGAUCAAGCAUAGUGUAGUUAUCCAUUAGGUGAAUGUCCUGACUGGAUUAAGCAACUUGAUUU